AUGGGCUUUAUAUCUAAUAAUUCUUCAAAUACUAUAGCUUCGAGUGGCAAAAACAAACCAAAGAAUAAUAGGGCUGAGUCCAAAGAUAGUUUGAAGUCGAAAAUUGUUCAUAAGUUGCCAUUAGACAAGCUCGAAGUUAGAAAAGGCCAGCUACAAAGUGCGAAUGUUAAACCUACCUUCCAAGAACGGUAUGCAUCCACUGUUGAAGUAUCAAAAACAGCACCAGUGGAGCAAAUUCCAGCAGAGGUGCGAAUGAACUCCGUUUCAAAAGAAGAUAUACCCAGCGAUAUAUCCAUUCACUUUUCUUGUACCUACUCUGUGACAAGUUCCUCACAACCUCGAGAAGGUGCAGGCACAAGGGAGGAUGAUUUAGGAGCACUGGAGGUUACUUACAAUAAAAAAAAUAUCGCAUCAGAAUAUAAUGAUGAAAUUAACUUUUCUCUUGACCACAGCAAUAAGGUUUGGACGGUGAUGCAUGGCACCAAACCCACUUCGUACCCCGGGACUCCAAAGCCGAGUUCGAUUGCUUUGGCAAAGCAAAGAAAUGAUAGCACUAGAGGCCUGAAGGGGAUUAACCGUGGGGCGGCCUCAGAUGCCGUAGAGUCCUAUCUAUGUGAGCACGUUUCCGAAUGUUCAUCAAUUCUUACUGAAUUUCGAUCGAUAGGGUCCGACAGAGAGCAGACCCUGACGAAUAAAUCUGAGGAUUCUAACGGAAACCUAUGGAGACAAGCGAACAAGGUUGAAAGAACACCUAUUUUUAGAAGUGAAGGUGUCGGUCUCAAGCGCGUAACGGCAAAAAAAGCCCAACAUUCCUCACAUCUUGGAGAAAACAACUCGAGAUGGGCAAACGUGCAACCAUACACUUUGUACGGGAAGACAUCUACAUGUGCGGCAGUGACUCCUGAUAUUGUGCCGCGCAAGAGGCUGACAGCUUCGAAUAGACCUGCAGAGCCUUCAUUGAAUCCAAACGCUCAUGUUUAUUGGACUACUCGAGAUCCUAGUCAUGGGGUAAAAAAAGAACGCUCGAUUUCAAUGUCUUCAGAACAACAUUCUACAAAUUCAGGCCAAAAAUCUUCACAUCUCUCAAAAUCGUGUUCUCACUAUUUAUUGCAGAACCGCAAAAAGAACCCUCAUCUGUACGGAGAUGUUGUUUCAAAAGACGUAGUGGAUCAAUGUAAGGAGGGCAUCGCACCUGAAUUGUGGGCAAACGUUUCGAAACAUAGUGAAAUUCAAAAAAAAUCGCAGCGACUGAAUCAGAACGUCCCUUUGCGUCCAUCGCCUCGUCAACAGAACAAGCACUUACACGAUGCGGAAGUAAACGUUCGUUAUCCUUUGAAAGUAAUGCCGAAUGCGUUAUUCACACAAAGAUCACGGAAUUAUCCAACUCCCGAACGACAAAGUGAAAAACGUGCGAUACAUCAUCCAUAUCAUAAUCACAUGAAUUCUGUUGAUGCAGAGUACGAACCAUUAUGGGGCUCAAGCUCUUCGACUUUGUCACCACCGCCUGAUAUAAAGUCACCUUCUAGAACACCGGUGUGUGAAGGGAGGUCUUUUUGUAGCUCUUAUCGGUCUUCAGAGCAUCAAAGUAUGGACCAUAAAAGAGAUCCGACUCCGAACCGAUCUAAUAUUUCCCGAAGUGCAUCUCCAAGCGAUUGUCGAUCUUUUUCCGCAUCCUUGCGUCGCCAUGCAGAGAAAAAUAAUCCAAAUUUCAGAGGAUAUUCUGCAUCCCAUUCGAUGGAACAUCGUCUACCUCGACACAGUGCACGAGGUGAGAAAAAUCGAGACCAACACAGCAUGCCCUCGGGCUUUUCCCAUCGCUCGUCUUCCUGGAACUCCUCCUCACGACCCAAUCCGUCGCUUAGGCAUCAAGCCAGGACUGAUGGGUUGAGUCGUCGAUAUGUGAAAAAUAGCCCAACGCGCCUGCCAAGCCACCGGACCUCAUUAAAAGCGGCCUCGUCCAUCCAUCUCUCCCCCCAACGCGAGCUGCAACCAGCCGAAGAAAAGUCCCUUCUCGAUGAAGUCCAGCACAGACUCGAGGUCUUGGCGGAUGAAAUCGCCACCCGUGACGACCUCAUUGAGCAGGACAUGCGCGCCAGUCCGUGGCAGCGACUGUACCACCACAGUAAUCGCCGAGACGGGGAGGAACGGCGUGCCUUGGAGGCGCAGCAGGACAAACUCGAGAACAUUUGCAGGCAGAUCGAAAAUGGAACGAUCAAUGCCGGCAUCCGAGCCCGUGAAGAACGGCGGCGCCGGCAGGAGGAGCUCCUUCGCGACCCCAAUGGGGUGUAUCUGCGGUUGUACAACGCGCGACAAAGCACGCGGGCCUCCGAGGGCAGCCCCAAUACGAGCCAGGCCAGCUACCAGAAUAGCACCUCAGGCAGUGCACGUAGCGGUCGCCCCAAGAGGCCUGGCGAAGCCAGCGUUCUACGGGGCCGCAGCAACGGCUCUGCGCGGGCCUCGGCAUCGGUUUCUGCUCGGUCGGGAAACAAGGGUUCUGCGGGGCUUCAACGCACCGAAGCCCAACGGGCGGCCUUCUUUAGUAAUAUGUACACUAGAGCCAUGGACGAAGUUCGAAGAAAGGAAAAGAAGGCUCAGGCUGCGCGCCAAGAUCGUGCGCAACACGAUCUGGAGGAGUUUGCAAUCUCCCGUCUUGCGGCGCGCGUUGAGCUUGAUCAUCUCAGGAGACAUUUUCGCAAUACCGAUCCUCUCGCAGUUGCCCAGCGAAAAUGGAAAACGCAAGCUAGCAAAGACGAUAGUGCCGUGCAAGCUUUCAUCAAAGAAAUAAUGAAAGGCCCCAAGCUUUCAUCGAGCGAGCAAAAGAAUAUGGUAGGUCGUCUUAAUAUACACGGCUAUGUUAAACCUGAGACCUUAAAAAAGAAACGUGAGGAGCAGGAGAUAAAGGGGUGCACGUUUCACCCUUGUAUUAUUAAUUACCCUGGCUUGAAUCGCUCUGCACGAGGAAAUUCGGCUUCUUCAAAAACAGGGAAGCUGAAGACGAGGGAUAAUAGCUUAAAUAAAAACGAUAGCUCUGAAGGAAAGCCCCCUGGGCAACGGAAUGAUAGAAAAGCAGCUGAAAAACGAUGCAAUAAUCUAUACAAGAACGCUUUACAAGGAAGGAAAAAAGAAGAAGAAAGGAGAAAGGAAUAUGAACAAGUGCGGCGUCUUGACAUACUAAAGAGUCGAUUGUCUACUGACCACCACUUUAGAAGACGAGUUGAGCUUAAUCCGUCCCUGGCGGAGCAUUUUAUGAAUUCACUUUCAGUGUAA